CCGAACGUCAACCGGAAAGAAAACAAAACAAAUGGAUUACGUCAAUCAUCAUGGCGACUUCCAUUGAGCUGUCAUGCUGAGCAGAGAAGAGAGUUUGUUCUGAAAUUAACUGUCUACUUCUUUAACUAAAACUUUAAUCAUCCAGGUUGCUUGUCUGUUUUAACGCGUUAAGGCUAGCUGUUAAAGGGGGCUAGCUCAUGUUAGCAUCAAAGGUAGCUAGCAUGGCAGCAGCCUCAAGACAGAAGGUCAGGUCGCUGAUCAGUCUGAGCCGUAGACUAUCCAUCGACCAGUCCGGCUCCCCGGACUCUUCUUCGGGUAUCCAGUCCCCUGUGGUGCAGAAGCGGAGACCUAGAAAGGACCCUACCGGCUGCUCUGUGCUCCUCUUCCCCGGACAGGGUAGCCAGUUUGUGGGAAUGGGGAGAGGACUUUUGAAAUAUCCCAACGUGAAAGAAAUGUUCUCCGUAGCGCAGAAGGUCCUCGGUUACGACCUCCUGUCUCUGUGCCUGGAGGGUCCCGAGGAGGAGCUGCAGAAGACAGUUCACUGUCAGCCGGCGGUGUUUGUCACCUCGCUGGCUGCGGUGGAGAGGCUGCACCAGGAAAACCCAAAGGCCGUUGAGACCUGUGUGGCUGCUGCAGGCUUUAGUGUUGGAGAAUUUGCGGCUCUCGUCUUUUCUGGUGCCUUGAACUUUGCUGAAGCUCUGUAUGCUGUGAAGGUGCGUGCAGAAGCCAUGCAGAAGGCAUCCGAGCUGGUUCCCAGUGGGAUGCUGUCAGUCGUCGGUAGACCUCAGGCUCAGUACAAAUAUGCCUGUGUGCAGGCCAAAGAGCACUGCAAAGGUCUGGGGUUGCAGGAUCCUGUUUGCUCUGUGGCCAGCUACCUGUUCCCUGAUGGCAGGGUCAUCGCAGGGCACCAGCAGGCUUUGGACUUUCUCCAGCAGAAUUCACGGCAUCUGCAUUUCAUUAGGACCAAACCUCUCCCUGUCAGCGGGGCUUUCCACACUGAGCUGAUGGCGUCAGCUACUGAGCCUCUCAGAGACGUGCUCAGGCAGGUGGAGGUGCGGCGUCCCGAGAUCAGCGUCUACUCCAACGUAGAUGGAAAGCGCUACAUGAGCGAGAGCCACGUGCGCAGGCAGCUGGUGAAGCAGCUGGUGUCGCCGGUGAAGUGGGAGCAAACUCUGCAUGAGAUCUACGAGAGGACGCAGGGGGAGAGGUUCCCUCACACGUACGAGGUCGGACCUGGAAAGCAGCUGGGGGCCACCCUCCAGAGGUGCAACAGGAAGGCCUCCCAAAUGUACAAACACGUAGAAGUCACCAUGUAUGAGUAGUGAUGAAGCAGAGGCGAGGACUCUUAGGAAUACAAAGGACACUGAGUUUUUGUUUUGUUUUGUUACAGUGCAAUUAAAUGAAUAUUUUUUA